ACCGCCCCACCAAGUCGCAUUUUGCUAAAAGUUGUCGCGAAACGUCCGCAAUAUCUUCACUUUUUGAUCGAUCAUCAGCCUUCAUCACGUUACCGAAACGCAAUACGUUCGAGUCGUGAAGGCAUCUUCAAUCAAUCAAUCACUCAAUCUAAACAAAUCCAUCGUUUCUUCGAUACCCCGUAGCCCAUCAUGUCUUACAACAACAAGGACAAGGAGUUCGGCGAGGCUCCCAAGACUCACAAGAUCCGCAUCACCCUGACCUCCCGCAAGGUCCAGUCUCUCGAGAAGGUCUCCCAGGAGCUCAUCGACCGUGCCAAGAGCAAGGACCUCCGCGUCAAGGGCCCCGUCCGUCUCCCUACCAAGGUCCUCAAGGUCACCACCCGUAAGACCCCUUGCGGUGAGGGUUCCAAGACCUGGGACUGCUACGAGAUGAGAAUCCACAAGCGCCUCAUCGACUUGACCGCCCCCACUGAGAUCGUCAAGCAGAUCAUUGUCAACAUCGAGGCUGGUGUCGAGGUCGAGGUUACCAUCGCCGCUUAAGUGCGUGCUAUGGAAUCACGAUUGUCCAAGUUAAACACGAUGCGAUGCUGAAGGGGCCUGACUCCGGCCGAGGAAAUCUACUCUUGGAUCAGAUGCUAGACCAACGCAGUGCCUCCUCAAUAAAAAAAAAUUGCAAAAGACGCAUCCAAGCCACA